GAAUGCGGGCCGCAAUUGCACCCUUCUCGAAAAUGUUGUUUAUCUUGACCUUCGGGUCCAAUAACUGCUCAAACAGACCAGUCGAUUUGCACUGACGUGCUCGAACGUGCGCGUCCUCGCUAUUCAGUGACAAAGAUGGCGGCCGCCGCCGGAUCAGUCAUCAAAGUUCCCCGUAACUUCCGGCUACUGGAGGAGCUGGAAGAGGGCCAGAAGGGUGUUGGAGACGGGACAGUGAGCUGGGGACUGGAGGACGACGAGGACAUAAUGCUGACUCGCUGGACAGGCAUGAUCAUAGGGCCUCCCAGGACAAUCUACGAGAACAGGAUGUACAGUCUAAAGGUAGAAUGUGGACCCAGAUAUCCUGAGUCUCCCCCUUUUGUCCGAUUUGUGACCAAGAUCAAUCUGAAUGGCGUGCACAACUCAAACGGUGUGGUGGACACGCGGGCGGUGGCGGCACUGGCUAAGUGGCAGAACUCGUACAGCAUCCGUGUGGUGCUGCAGGAGCUCCGGAGGCUCAUGAUGUGUAAAGAGAACAUGAAGCUCCCCCAGCCGCCCGAAGGCCAGGUCUUCAGCAACUGAGCCCCCUGGCCCUGACAAGCCCUGCUAUCCCUACUCUCCCUCACUAUCUCCAUCGACACACACACACACACACACACACACACACACACACACACACACACACACACACACGUAAACCUACACAUACAGUACAUGCACUCGCACUGAUUUAAUGCUUCCUCACAUCUGCACACUCGCACGAACCCCCCCCCCCACACACACAUACAGCGUUACGUACCCCUUAUUUUUCUGAGACUCUUGAAUACUCUGUUCACGUAAGCUCUCUUUUGCCAGGCCCCUCUCACCUUCUGUCCUAAAUGCCAUGCCCACUUUCUCUCGCUCUCUCUCUCAUUAGACAGAGAUGGUUGCACAGGUGAACUCCACCCCCCAUCAUCUACCCAACUGUGCAGACCAGACAUUACAAUACAAAUUACUGUACAUCUUACUAAUCUUUUUUUUUCUUAUUAUUUGUGUUCUACAUCCAGAUUGUAAAAUAACAUAAAUUAUCUUAUUGAGUGUACCUAUCUUAUGUGUGUGCUGGAUUCUUCAACCCAAGGGUGGUGGCAUUUGCUCUGUAGUUUGUAGCAGGGGUGGAAAUCAAGAUGACUUGCUGCACCGCAAAAGAAAAGUAGAUCCUGUGGCCCCACUGAAAUGUGGACAGUAAAGUUGUAACUGUUCUGCUCUUAAUGUCGCUGCAAGACUCUAGUUUUUAUCUGAUUCUGCUUACCCUGCUAAACUAUGCAGUGGCUUAGGAUACACUGCAUAGUCUUGCCAGGGUCUGUUUCUGAAAUCAAAAAUUGAAAACCCCCCCCACCCUUAUGUUUUAUUUUUUGAACCACUCUUGGUGAAACGGCAAGGGAGGGAAUUAAAACAUUUAUUGGUGUUUUUCAGGCUAGCAUUGGUCUCAAACUGAGUAACCAGCUUCUCAAUCCCGAUUAUGUGAAUUUCUGGGCCUUGGCACAUGUACGGUACAUGGGAUUAGGCAUUCAACACUGUGUGUAUCAACUGGGCACUCUCGGUUCAUCGCCCACUCCUAUUUUAAACCUCUGGCCUCUCUGCCAUGUGGAUUGUUACGCUUUGUGAUUGAAUGGGGAGGAAGUACAUUUUGAGGGGAGGGGUUAAAUUACAUUGGGUUUCAAAUACUUAUCUUAUGUGCUUGGCACCUUUUUCAGGUUCACAUUACUAGGUGGAGAAUGAGUUAGUUUUUUGUCUCAUCUUUAGGGCUGACUUGUGUAUGUUCGUUGAGGUUAUCUCAUACAGUGGGCCCACUGAAUGCAAUGUAUGGCUUUAGAUGUUUAUUUUUUAACCGGUGUGAUUCUGUAGUCUGGGUGAUGGUGACCUGUGCAUGGUUUUAUUUGAAUUAAACAUAAUUACUUUUGCAUG